UUUUAUUUAAAUUAGUGAUUUAUUAUGAAUUAUGAUCAGCUCCAUUAAUGUCGGUUCCACCUCCAUUACCAUUUCCACUGAGCUCUGACAAUGGCGGAUACCCACCAUCACUACCACCCUUACCCUUAACAACAACAACAACAACACACUUUACUUCUUCUUCUUGUUCGAUUCCGAUUCCGAUUCUAACCUACCCAAGUACCAAAUCCAUCCCUAUAUGCGUUCAUUCCACCUGCCCUCAUUACAGCGGAGGCGAUAUCUUCCCAUGUCUCUUCCAACCAACAAUGCCGUCAAAUUCUCCUCCGCCAAGCUUCUCCGGUUCGAAUCCCCGGCUUUACUCCUCCGCCACGUCAUCCUCUUUGCCACUCUUUUGCUCGGUUGCUUCUUCCUCUUCAGAAGUUUCGACGCUCUCCGCUUCCUACCAGAGUUCUCCUCCUCAUCUUCUUCUUCAUCUGCUUUUCCAUUCGCCGUAUCCGAUAACUCUCCUGUUGUUGAAGAAUAUACACUUGAGAAGGUUUUGAAGGAUGCUUCUAUGGAUGAUAAUACUGUAAUUUUAACAACAUUAAAUGAAGCUUGGGCUGCCCCAAAUUCGACUAUCGAUCUAUUUCUUGAGAGUUUCAGGAUUGGAAAUGGUACCCUUAAGCUGUUGAACCAUUUGGUGAUUAUAGCUAUGGAUCGAACAGCAUUCGCACGAUGUUUGGAACUCCAUAGAUAUUGUUUUUCUCUUGUUAGUGAAGGAUUUGAUUUUCAUCAGGAGGCAUAUUUUAUGACUCAAGAUUACUUGAACAUGAUGUGGAGAAGGAUUGAUUUCCUCCGCUCGGUUUUGGAGUUGGGAUACAACUUUGUUUUCACGGAUGCAGAUAUCAUGUGGUUCAGGGAUCCAUUUCCUUAUUUUUAUUCGCGCGCAGAUUUUCAGAUUGCAUGUGACCAUUUCUUUGGAAGCUCUUCAAAUCUUCACAACAGGCCCAAUGGAGGGUUUACAUAUGUAAAGGCCAAUAAUAGGACUAAAGAAUUCUACAAAUUUUGGUACUCUUCGCGGGAAACUUAUCCGGGAUACCAUGAUCAAGAUGUCUUCAACAUAAUAAAGUUUGAUCCUUUCGUCUUUAAUCUUGGACUGAAGAUGAGAUUUUUGGAUACGGCUAACUUUGGCGGGCUUUGUGAACCCAGCAAAGAUUUGAAUCAAGUUUGUACAAUGCAUGCAAAUUGUUGUUUGGGUUUGGAGAACAAGCUUCAUGACCUGAGAAUUAUGCUUGAAGAUUGGAAAGUAUUUGUUACUUUACCGCCGAGUUGGAAGAAGUCUCCAUUCGUAACCUGGAGGGUUCCCGAAAAAUGCAGCAUUGAGGCUCUUCGUCAUUCCGGUGCUCCAAUGAGCGAUUGACAUGGAGACUAAUCUAUAUGGUCUGAAGAUUUAUUUUCCAAACAGCUAUGGGGAGCAUGCCAGUAUUAAAUCCUCCCAAAUGGUUGAGAUUUUUCGUUGCCAAGAUCCCCUUUCUGGAAAAAAAUAAAGGAUGGGUGAUUUUGGAAGAAAAACACUGAAGAUUCCUUGGUGACCUUUGUUAAGGCUCAAAUGGGCUUUGGUCAAUUCAAUUAAUCAAGUUGAAUUUUCUAUACAGAAAUCUUUGGUAGGAAAUUGUUUGAUGUCCCACUUUUGUAAAGUCCUCCUCCAUUGCUCCAGAAAGUAGCAUUUAGUACUUAGCAACAUUGUGGAAAGACAUUAUUAGCUAUGUGAAAAGUAAUUAAAUUUCUAUAUUCACUUGAA